ACGCUCGUUUCGGAAAUCAACUACAAGCGCUUCCUCCUCUCAUCCGCCACAAAAGUGAUUGAUGAUCGACAAAAACAAAUUGCCGAUCGUAAGAAGGAUCUCAUUAAGGAGAUUACUGCGAUGGUAGUGAAGAUCACAAAUACAGUAAAUAUGCGGGGCAAACAGUUGGCUAUGCGUCUAAAUGAGGUGUGCGAUACCAAAAUGAAGGUACUAAUCGAGAAAAAAGAUGCUUUGCAGCUGCUGUCGGACAACACUGAUCACUGCAUCGAGUUUAUGGAGAACGCUAUGGAAAAGGGCAGUGACUACGCAAUUCUGUCUAGCAAGAAAUCGUUGGUGAGACAUCUGCAGAAGCUGAAAUGUCAACGUGCUGACAUUCCGAACCCGGAAAUUCCAGUGCGAAUUCAAGUACAGUUGAAUCAGGUUUCCGAAUUGCAGAAAGUCAUUUCGCAGCUUGGCACUGUUAUUGUAGACGGCAAACCGUAUCCGCCAGCACCAUCUCCCAAUGGCCCGCCACGCCAGCAGCCAAGUCCCAAUAUGGCGCCGCCACUGCGUCCUGGCCUUCCGCCCGGCAUGCCCGCAGGCAUAUCUCCCACAGGCCCUCCAGGCGGCUAUGGACCCCAGAAUGGACCGCCGAUAUACAACAACAGUUCUCCGGCACAGCAGCAGUUUAACAACAUGCAAAUGAAUCGCAACUACGCUGCGGAGGGCGCAGUUCGCUUCGGUGCCAUGCCACCAGUGGGAAUGCAGCGUCAAGGUCAACCACAUGUUAGUUCCUCAACACACCCUCAAAAUAUGGAUAUGAGCUUACGUGGCCUUCUGAAUAAUCAAGCAGCGCAGAGCCCCAAUCAAGCACAUAUAUCCUUUAACGGCCCCCCUAACUAUCCCGGUGGUCCACAAGGCGCCGCUUCGCCACACCAACAAAUGACCACCCAAAUGCGGCCGCAUUUUAUGGGCGGUCCUCCAGGCCAACAACAUCAGAAUUACCCGCAGAAUACGCCUGGUGGACCGAAUAACCCGAAUUUCAUAAACAAUACUGCACGUUUCCAGAACUAUCAGCGUAUGUCGAGUCACGCGCAACAGCAGGCCGCGGUUGCAGCAAUGUCAAGCGGGGGCGGACCUGGUGGCCCGUGCGGAAGUCAAAUACCGUCGCCAAACGCUAUGCAGCGACCGCAAAUGAUGCCCAAUCCAAUGCAGAAUAACAUGGGGUUUCAUGGGAGCCAGCCUGGCUUCAGUCCCGGUCCCCCUCAGACAUCGCCACAAAUGAAUAGCAGCUUGAGCAGCAUGCACAGCAUGGCCAAGUGGCACAUACCUCAAUCGGCGCAGCAAACAACUUGUCCGCAACAAGGUCCGCUCAUGCAGUUUGCGAAUGGCCGUCAAACGGAAAACUUUAAAAUUUCCCUAAAAUCUCCAAAUACUCUGAAGAAUACCACACCGCCAAAUGGCAACUCGUCGGCGCAUAGUAUGCAAGGCGCUUCUAGCUUGCAUGCCGCUUCGCUUGGGCUCGGACCAGCUGUCUCCAUACUACCCAACGUCACAUCAACGAAUCCAAAGACGCCGAGCCCGAGCACUAACGAGAACGCAAAAGAUUUCACCGAACCGAUUGACAAGGUCCGUGACGAUUCUAUAAACGAUCUAAUGGCCACAAUUGCCAAAUUGGACUCGAACGGUGUUCAGGUUUUGCCGGAGGGGCGCACCAAGACCACAUCGCCACAAGUGCAUAGCUCAACCGAUCUAUCCAAUACUCAAGAAGUUAAUAAUAAAAAUGAUCAAAAAGACGACCCGAACGAAGAUUGGUGUGCGGUUUGCCUUGACGGUGGAGAACUCAUGUGCUGCGACAAGUGCCCGAAAGUGUUUCAUCAGAAUUGUCACAUUCCUGCGAUCAGUUCGCUGCCAGACGAGAGCGAAAGUUGGCAAUGCCUAUUGUGCGUAAACCUCAAAGAACUGGCUAACAACACAGAUAACACCCAGAAAGUACCCGGCGAGCUGAGUCGUUUAGAAUUACAGAUAGUGCAACGCAUUUGUCUCGAAUUGUACUGCCAGUACGAGCAGAGUCUGCACUUCCGCGAACCGGAACCGCCUACUAAUACAGCCUAUUAUGAGAUUAUUUGCAACCCAAUGUCUUUGGAUGUUAUACGUACAAGAUUGGAUCCUUCCAGUCCAAAUCAUUAUAAGGAUAUCGCUGGCUUUGUAUCGGAUGUGCGUCUAAUAUUUAAAAAUACUUACCUCUUUUAUCAAGAGGAUUCAAAAACAUUCACUAAUGCAAAAUAUUUGGAGAACUUCUUCGAAGAACAAUUGGCCAAAUGGCUGCCAAAUUUCGCUAACAAAUCCCAUUCAAAUGCAUUAAAUGGUAAUGUAAAUACAAAUAGCAUCAGCAACCCAACAAAUAACAGCAAUAAUAGUGCUUCCACGUCGACAGCAGCAUCUCCAGGUCUGAUGAAUAUCGCCACCGGAGCCGUUGGCUCACCCGGUAGCAUUGCAUUAAUGGAGAACGGUAGAAAGAGCUGCAGUGCAGCUUUAAGUCGGGAUGAUGACUCCUUCAUUCCGCCAAAGAGAUCACGUAAACUAACCGAAUAGGAAAAAUUUAAUCAGCUACUUAACAGCAUGCUAGCAACAAUCAAUAAUGGCAACGAAAGCGAAGAAGCGCUCGCACUGCUUAGUCUAUGCUGCCCGCCGCAAACGCAGGCGCCGAGCCUACUUUUCUAAUGCCUAGCUAUGGCGAUUACAUUUAAUAAAAACGAAAACGAGGAUUUAAAACUUAUUAACGCUAAAUGCCACAAGAUGAGUUAGUAAAAAAUAUCAUACGUCAUUGAUCAAAGUUAUGCUAACGCCACGCAUUUGCAAUCUAAAAAGUUGUUGUGGCAGCAUUAUUUAAAGUAGUGAUUUUGAAGAUUUUAUUGGCAUCGAAUUUAUAUAAGAAAUGUUGCAGCACUGGCAUGAGCCCCAAGAUCUGCAGUACCGUCUUCAAAAUUUGUAUUCGAAGUAACAUUGAGAAACUUCCCAUACUAUGACAACAGUAAAGAAUUAAUUAUAAGAAUAGACAUUAUUUGAAAGACAUCGUUUUGAAAUUAACUAUAUAUAUACAUAUGUAUGUUGUAAAUAAUUUAACAAGAGUAAUACAAGAGAAAUUAAAUUUACUCAUUUUGAAUUUGAAAAAGAAAAAACAGAAUAGUAUCAAAAGCAUAAUCAAUAAAAAAAAAAAAAACCAAAUUGCACUUACUAAAAUUUAAACUAAAGCUGCACCUAAAAUAAUCUUAAGAGCGCAAAGAACAAAAGUAUAGAAGAUAAUACAAAUAAACUCAUUGCGAUCAUCAUUCACAAGCUCAUUUGUAUAUACCAUAAUGCAUUCUGCCUACUAAUGAUAUAAUACACUAAAAAUGUGUAAUUUACCGAUCUACGCAUUGACAGCCAAAAUAUCUCUGAGUGAUUACAUAUAUGAUAUAUGAAGAUGCAAAUAAAUCAAGGAGAAAUAACUGAAAUGCAAUAUACUGUUACUGAUACAUGCAACCUAAAUUUUAUAAAAUACAGCUGCUUAUCGCUGAGACGCCACAUUUCAAAUAUGUCAUAAAUUGUGUAUUUGCGACAUGAAACUUUAUUGAUUUUGUAAUUAGUUCGAGACAUGCAUCCAAUGAAAUCUUAAAUCUUUCAAAAACUAUGAUAUUCAUAACUCAUAUAUUGUUAAUUUACCGUUUAUAUUAAAUAUGAGUUUGUGAUUUUAUAAAAAAUUAUUACGCUAAUAAAUGGUGAGUACUGGAUUAAUUGUGGUGGAAUUGAGAACUUUUCCAGAGAGAAUUACUGAGCAAUGUUGGAACCUAGAAGAUUAGGUUCGUAAACUGAGUUAAGCUGGGUCUUUCUUUAAUAGAAAUCGCACUAAAAAUUUACUUUGCGUAAUAAGUUCCACUCGUACGAAGCCAAAAACAUUAACUCACUAUUAGCAUUUUUACAGUAAAAUACAUACAAGUAUAACUUUGUGAUAAAAAAAAAAUAUUAGACCAGCGAAAGUCUACAAGUAUUCUGAAAAAUGAAAAACUUUUUUAUUUUUUAGAGCAUAAAUCCAUUUCAUAUUUUCGUUAUUGCAUUCACGCGUUUAAUUUCUGCGGAGUCUCGCGAACGUUCAACGCUGCAACGCGACUAGUUAAAAACAAAUGAACAAACAUGGAAAAAUACACAAAUUACAUACGUACAUACAUAGGUAUAAAAA